UUUUGUUGUGAAUCAGGAAGACUCCUUCUUUCAAAAUUGGGCGUGUAGUAUAACGUUGACAGGACCACAAAUUGCCUUUUUACACCUUGGAUACUUUCAAACGUGACUUCACCUUACAGCCAUAUACAGUUCAACAUACACCUUAAUCGUUAAAGGAAAGAAGUUGCUCGGCAACAGCAUCCUGCAUGGUUGGUGUGCUGUGCAGAGAUGACAAUGGAGGAAGGGGCACGGAGCUGUCUGCUGCGCUUUCGCCACAGACUGGAACAAGACAUCAAGCCCUCAUACCUGAUGGAUCACAUGAUCAGUGAUGGUGUGAUAAAUGUGGAUGAGGAGGAGAGGAUCAGGACUCAGCCAACGAGGAAGGAUCAGGCUGUGGCUCUGCUGGAACUGCUGCUCAGGAAAGACAACCGUGCCUACAUCUCCUUUUACAACGCCCUGGUUAAGGAGACAUAUGAUGAUUUGGCCAACCUGCUUUAUGACGACCUGCCGCAGAUUUCAGCAAACGCCCAUAAGAGUUCCUCUGAUGGCUGGACACCUCAUGUCCAGAUGGUGCUCAGUGAGGGUGGUGUACCACAGAGGCCUGUGGUGUUUGUCAGCCGACCAGAGCUUUUGAACCGGGUCAGAGAGAGACUCUACCGGUUGCAGAAGGAGCCUGGCUGGGUCACCGUCUUCGGGAUGGCUGGUUCAGGCAAAUCUGUCCUGGCUGCAGAGGCUGUCAGGCACCAGGGAAUCAUCGAAGAGUGCUUUCCUGGAGGCGUUCACUGGUUGUCCAUCGGCCAGCUGGACAAACCAGACCUGCUGGUGAAGAUCCAGUCACUGUGCUUCCGUCUGGAACAGAGCCUGGAUUCCCAGUCACUCCACCGGCCCCCCAACUCUCUAGAUGAAGCCAAGGAGCGAUUGCGCUUCCUCAUGCUGCGCAGAUAUCCGAGAUCUCUGCUGAUUCUAGAUGACAUCUGGGACAGUACAGUGCUGAAGGUGUUUGAUAUCCAGUGUCGGAUACUUCUGACCACCAGAAAUAGAAGCCUUACUGAUUCAGUUAGUGGUGCUAAAUAUGAGGUGGAAGUGGCCAGUGGUCUGGAUGAAAACAAAGGGCUGGAGAUCCUCGCUCUGUACACUAAAACUAAUCCCCAAGGACUACCCGAGGAGGCUCGCAGCAUUGUCAGAGAAUGUAAAGGCUCCCCUCUGGUGGUGUCCUUGAUCGGGGCUCUGCUCAAAGAGAAACCCAACCGCUGGCGUUACUACCUCUGCCAGCUGCAGCAGAAGCAGUUCAAGCGUAUACGGAAGUCAUCGUCUUAUGACUAUGACGCCCUGGACCAGGCCAUGGCUGCGAGCAUUGAAGUCCUGCCUGAUGAACAUCAAGAGCUCUAUAAGGACCUCACUGUGCUGGAGAAGGACAUUAAAAUCCCCGCUAAGGUGCUGUCUAUUCUGUGGGAUCUGGAGCCGGAGGAGGUGGAGGACAUCCUCGAGGAGUUUGUCAACAAAUCUCUGCUUUUUGUGGACAGUCAUAAUAAACCAUACCUGUAUUACCUCCAUGACCUCCAGCUGGACUUCUUGGUGGAGCAGAACCGCACCCAGCUUGAGGUGGACCUCCACACGAAAGUGGUGCGUCAGUAUCAGCAGCACUACAGAGAUGAUCCUCCCACCUCGGGAGAUGAAGAAUGUCUUUACUGGAUCAGAUUUUUGACCUACCACAUGGCCAGAGCCAACCUUUCCCAGGAACUGUACUCCCUCAUGUUUUCUCUGGAUUGGGUCAGCAUCAAGGCCCAGAUAAUGGGUCCAGCCCACCUCAUCAAUGACUAUGUGGAGUAUGGACCAAUUCUGGAUAAAGAGAACAGUGAAGUGCGCAGUCAGUUCCAGGAGUUUCUGUCUCUGAACGGCCACCAGCUGGAGCAGCGUCCUUUCCCUGACGUGGUGCAGCUUGCUCUGUCUCAGCCACCCACCUCCGAGGUGUACAGACAAGCUCUGCUGCAGGCGCAAGACCGGGCCAGUAAAGGGAAACUCUACGUCGACUGGCUGAAUAAGAGCAGUGUAGAGAGUCUGUCCCGCCUGGUGAUCCACCCCCACCAGGGCUCCAUCUACUCUGCCUGCUUCUCCCAAGAUGGAGCCAAGAUCGCUACUUGUGGAGCCAGCAAGACGCUCAAGGUGUUUAAAAGCACAUCAGGUGAGAAGCUCACCGAGAUCCAGGCCCAUGACGAUGAGGUGCUCUGCUGUGCCUUCUCCCCUGACGACCGUCUCUUAGCAACCUGCUCUAGCGACAGGAAAGUAAAGGUGUGGAAUGUGGAGCGAGCCAUGCUGCUGAGGGUCUUUGCAGAGGAGCAUGAAGAGCAGGUCAACCACUGUCAGUUUACAAACACCAGACGACAACUCCUACUGGCCACCUGCUCCAACGACAAGUUCUUGAACGUCAAGGUGUGGAACCUCAACAGGCCAUCCUCUCAGAACACCAUGUUUGGCCACUUUGAGCCAGUCAACCACUGUUGUUUCUCCCCUGACGACACCUAUGUGUCCACUUCUUCCAACGAUGGCACUGUUAAGCUAUUUCAGGUGUCAUCUGCCAAUGAGUGGAAGACGAUCAACGUGAGCAGCAUGUUUACUGAGAGUGAUGAAGAGGUCCUUGUCAAGUGUAGCACCUGGACUGCUGACGGCAAACGCAUCAUAUGUGCUGCCAGGAACGCUGUUUUGGUGUUUGAUGUGGAGACGUCGGACAUGUUGCUGGAGAUCAGAACCAGUCGUCUGAGCAUGGUGCAAUACUGUCACGCCUGUCCUACCAGUAACCUGCUGGCCAUCGCCUUUUCAAACUAUGCUGUCGAGCUGUGGGACCUGGAGGCCAAUAAAAAGAUGGCUGACUGCAGUGGACACCUGAGUUGGGUUCAGCGCGUUCAGUUCUCUCCUGACGGCUCACAGCUUCUCUCCUGCUCUGACGACCAGACUGUCAGGUUAUGGGAGACUACGAAGGUUCAUACCUCCUCUGCCAUUGCCUUGAAGAGAGACUCUGAUGUUCUCUUCAAUGAUGAAGAAAUCAUUGUAUCGGCUGCAGACAACUGCAACAGACUGCAGGUGCGUGAUGGCAUGACGGGAUCAGUGCUGUUUCAGUCAGAAGAGAUGUCGUCCAGGAUCCGAUGUACCUGUAUGUGCAGGCAGCCCUCUGUGGUGGCUCUGGGCCAAGAGAAUGGAACUGUGCAGGCAGCAGACAGACUGACAGCUAGUCAGGUACUGAGGGCGGUUGGCUGCAGGAUCCGACGACUGUUUACCUCCUACAGGGGUUUGGUGCUGGCUGUAGGGCUAAGUACAGGCAGUGUCCAGGUGUUGGAGGUGCCCUCUGGGAAGCUUCUGGCCACUCUGCUAGGACAUACCAAGACGGUGCUGCACUGCCAGUUCAGCCAGAACGGCCAAACCCUCAUCACAUCCUCCGAGGACACCACUAUUAGGGUGUGGAGCUGGCAGUCUGGGGAGGGUAGAGUACUGAAGGGUCACAAGGAACAGGUCAGGUGCUUCUCUCUGCUCUCCCACUCACCAGCAAGACUGCUGUCCUGGUCCUUCGAUGGUACUGUCAAGGUGUGGGACGUAGAAAGUGGAGAGAAGCUACAGGACAUCGAGGCACAUCGGGGAGCCAUCCUUUCCUGUCAUGUCUCACCAGACGGAUGCUUCUUCGCCACCACCUCUGCUGACAAGACUGCUAAGUUGUGGCACUGUGAGUCCUGGCAGUGUGUCCACACACUGAGCGGCCACCAAGACUGUGUCCGAAGCUGCCGAUUCUCCUGGGACAGCCGACGCCUCGCAACCGGAGAUGACAACGGAGAGAUCCGGCUCUGGAGUGUCAAGGAAGGUGCUCUACUGAAGAUUUGUUCGCGGGACGGUAAAGAUGGCAUGGACUCACUCCACGGAGGCUGGGUGACUGACCUGCACUUCUCCUCAGACAACUCUCUUCUGGUCUCAACUGGCGGUUAUAUCAAGUGGUGGGAUGUAGAGAAAGGCAAGGCCCUGCAGACCUUCUAUCCAACGGGGAGCGCUUUGAAGAAAAUCCACGUGUCGUGCGACUUCUCCACCUUUGUCACCAUCGACAACAUUGGCAUCCUCUACAUCCUCCAGAGGGUGGUGUGAUGACAACGCUGCCCAGAGUGCUCCAGAAGACCAAAAAAAAAGACACAAACAACACCACUAUCCAAACACUACACUUUGAGUGGUACAAACUGUUUAUCAAAGAAAUGUUUGGUUGCAUUAAAGACACUUACAGAAAAGGUUAAACUGUAAGAUGUGGUAUCCCAGAAUCACAUACAUACACACACUUCUCAGAUGUUUACUUUUCUUGCACACUCUACACAUAGGCUGACUAGUCUGCAGCAUUACAGUAGAGCAUUACAGACAUACACUUAGACCAUUAACUUGACUUUAACCCGUUUCCACCAGCUUUAAAUGAGAUCUGUACUAGUGAGAGUCAACUGUUGGGAGUAUAGAUGCACUGUGAAAGCUCUAAAGAUUCAUGCUCCAGUCUCUCAGUGAGACAGCAGAUGCAAAUGUGUGGUUUUUUGUACAUAAAGCGGAGCUGAAUCUUCUAUAAAAAGAAGAAAAAGUGCAUUAAAAAGCAACAUGUUUACUUGCUGAUUCUAUUCCAGCAAUCCUAUCGAUCAGGUCUUCUCAAGUAGAUCUUUGAAUCAUUCAUCACUAAUAAAGAGGUAAAUAUCAACAGGCUUAAGACAUAUGAUCCUUGCAUCAGUGAAACGGCUGAGCAUUAUUGCAUGUGAUGUGAGAGGUUUUCCACUCCGCUGUCUGUAGUCAAUAUAAGCUAUCGUGCAUGUCCGCUGAUCCAUUAGAAGUCAUGAAGUGCAUCUGACUUGUCUGUGCUGUGAUGUUUUUUCUAACUUUAAUUUUUUAGAUUUUGCAUUUGAGGGUAAAAUCUUCUGCCUCCAGUCCGAACCAUUGUUGGUGCAAACAAUUUUGAGCCUUUUAUUUACACUGCAGCCUUGGUCUGAGUGGGAAUACUGUAGGUACUGCAGGAUGUGUGUGUUUUCUGUAAAUGGGUUACGCCAGCACAGAUACAACUUCUUAUACUUUGAUAAUUAAAAAUUAAUACUAUGAUUAAGUUUUAAUGAGUACACAUUUAAAGUGAAAUCUUAAGGUCUUUUGAAAGCCUGCGAGUCUAUUUGUACAUCCGAACUAUUUGUACUUUUGAACUUAGAUUAAAGGUAAAUGAUUUCUGUAAAAUAAAUAAAUAAAUAAAUAAUUAAAAAUCGCACCAUUUGAUUUAUAAUUUAUAAUCAAAUUUCUACUUGCUAAACUUAAAAGGCACUUUUCGUGCUUUACUAAUUGUUUAAUUUUUUGUAACAGGUCUUUUAAACUCUAUACAUCACUUUUUACACAUUUUUAUCUGCACUUUGUCUGACUACUGAGCCUUUUCCUGUUCUGAGCACUUUGAAGCAGCAGUUACAAUCAUUCAUCGUUCAUUUGUUCAGACAAUUAAAGAUGGAUUCUUGCUUUGAUUUGACAACACAGAUGAGUGUUUCUGUAAUCUAUCACACCUGUUCAUUGCAGUGGUAAUAACACAGUCUCCGGCUCCAGCAGGAGUAAUAAACACACAAGGACAAUGAAUGGACAAAGUGAGGAUCCACUUCACUCUCUCUGAACAAUGCUGUUGUCAUUGUCACGUCGUGCUCUUCCUGAUUGGUGCUUUUAAAGUGACAUAAAUUCAAUCUGCAGAUUUCCUUCCUGUGUAGGUCUCUGUCAGAUGUAGUUGUUGAAAUAAUGAUGUCUGCUCAGGAUGUAUUGACACUGUUACAUAGUGUGGUGCAAUGUGAGUGUAAUUUAUAUCAGAUUAAAUGAUAUAAACUAUGA